GGAAAGUCUUAGCGACUACCUAUGUAAAUAUAAGGGCUAUGUUUUUGCAAAAGGCGAAACCACCGCGGAGUACAUAGACUCUCUUCAGCAUUUUGAGAUUCGUGACAGUGAUGUUUUUUUGGUGACGUAUCCCAAAUCAGGAAGGACGCUGGAAACAUUUAACAGUCUUUAAUACUGGAAUCACAGGGGACACUCCACCACAGGAACACAGGAAACACACGACAUCCAACAAGUAGACCUGACAAGGGAGAAACACACAGACAGGAACUUAAAUACACAGGAUAAUUGCUUAAACACAGGUACAAUAUGGACACAGAAUAUCAUAAAUUUAAUUUGUGAGGAUGCCACAGACAAAAAAAAAUUUCCCAACAAUCUUGAGAAGAUGCCUUGGUUAGAGUACCGUGAAGGCCGACCUGACUAUUCCUUGCGCUCAUCUCCACGGUUCUUUGCCACCCAUCUCACACCCAGACUGAUGCCACCAGGCCUUAGGGACAAGAAAGGAAAGAUCGUGUAUGUGCUUAGAAAUCCAAAAGACAAUGCAGUGUCAUAUUAUCACUUCAGCCACGUCUGGGCCAAGCUUGAGACACCCAAGAGCUUUGAAGACUUUCUGCAGCAGUAUCUGGCAGGAAAUAUUGGUGGAGGAUCUUGGUUUGAUCAUGUCCGAGAGUGGUACAGUAAAAGAGACCAGUACAACAUCCUUUUCCUGUCAUUUGAGGACAUGGUCAUGGAUCUCAGGACAGCAGUGGAGAAAAUCUGCAAGUUCUUGGGGAAAAAUCUGGAUGACGCUGCUAUCGCACAUAUUGUGGAGAAGGCCACUUUUAAAAAUAUGAAGAAGGACCCGAGGGCAAAUUAUGAAUUUGUUCCUGGAGAUCGACUGCUUAAGCCCCAAUUCAUGCGCAAAGGCACAGUAGGAGAUUGGAAGAACACAUUCACUGUGGCACAAAAUGAAAUGUUUGACCAGAUCUUCAAAGAAAGAAUGAAAGACUUACCACUGAACGUCAUCUGGAACUUGGACCCCAAAACAAACUGAAAACAUUCACAAAACAAAAGAACCAGCAUGUCUUGCCACUGGACAUUAAACACUGUUUUCUAAACAUUGUUCUCUCACCCCCAACCCCCACAACAAUUGGACCGCUGGAAACAAAACAAAACCUCCUCGUGUGUGUGCUCCAUAAAUCUUAAAAGCCUGAUAUAUCAAGUAUGACAUUCAUCAUCAACAACAAAAAACAUAUAUACAAAAUUUUUUUUUGUUUUUAUUUUGCCUAAAAGUUCAGUAAAGUGUUCCACUUUAACAAAUUGGAUUUUUGUUUAAAGUCUGCAUGAAAUCAAAAUUGACUUUAUUAGCGCACAUUGCUAGUCUUGAUGUGAACAAUUAAUCUGUGCAAGUUAAUCUGGUGAAAAAAUUUGUUUGUUUUGGUAAUCUUUAAUCAAAAUUUGAACAUUUACUUCCACUCUGAAAUGGCAUUACUUCUCUGAUGACAUCAGUUUGACGGCUUGGGCAGAAUAUCCUUAAACACACCCCUCCAACCGUCAGGUAAAAAAAAAAAAGAAGCAAAUUCUGCCCAAGCCAUCAAACUGACAUCAUCAGAGAAGAAAUGCCAUUCCAAAUGAUCAGAUUUGUAUUAAAGAUUAGCAAGACAAACAAUUUUUUUUUUUUUUCAGGAUUAACCACAGAUUAAUUGUUCACUUUAAGACUAACAAUGUGCACUAAAAUAAUAAAUAUUGUAAAUUUUGAUUUCAUGCAGACUUUAAACUAAUGUGACCCUGGACCACAAAACCAGUCAUAAGGGUCAGUUUUUUAAAAAAAACUGAGAUUCCUACAUCGUAAGCUUUCCAUUGAUGUAUGGCUUGUUAGGAUAGGGCAAUAUUUAGCCAAGAUAAAACUAUUUGAAAAUCUGGACUCUGAGGGUACAAAAAAACAAAAAAAAUGUAAAUAUUCUAAAUCUAAAAUAAAAUCGCCUUUAAAGUUGUCCAAAUUAAGUUCUUAGCAAAGCAUAUUACUAAUCAAAAAUUAAGUUUUUAAAUAUUUACGGUAGGAAAUUUACCAAUUAUUUUCAUGGAAUAUGAUCUAAAUUAAUAUCCUAAUGAUUUUUAGCAUAAAAGAAAAAUCUAUAAUUUUGACCCAUACAAUGCAUUUUUGACUAUUGCUACAAAUAUACCCGUGCUACUUAUGACUGCUUUUGUGGUCUAGGGUCACAUAUUUUACAUGGAAGACUUUACAGGUUUAAGCUGCUUUCAAUACCAAGUAAUGUUUAUUGAGCAUCAAAUCAUCAUAUUAGAAUGAUUUCUGAAUGAUCAUGUGACACUGAAGACCGGAGUAAUGAUGCUGAAAAUUCAGCUUUGCAAUUAGGAAUAAAUUAGACAAAUAUAUUCAAAUAGGAAAGUUAUUUUAAAUUGUAAUAUUCCAUGUUUGUGUGAUCAAAUAAAUGCAGCCUAGGUGAGAAUUCA